CACGCGGCGCAGGCGCAGCGGGGCGCGCGGCGGCUGCAGCCGCAGGGGAAGCGGUGGAGGUGCCGCCAUGGCGGACGGCGAUGGCUUGAUGUCCGUGGACUACGAGGUGCACGGCAAGGUGCAGGGUGUGUUCUUCCGCAAGUACACCCAGGGGGAGGCUAAGAAACUGGGGCUUGUUGGCUGGGUCCAAAACACCAGCCAUGGCACUGUUCAAGGGCAAAUCCAGGGUCCAGCUGCCAGGGUGCGGGAGCUGCAAGAAUGGCUCAGGAAGAUAGGAAGUCCCCAGUCCCGUAUCAGCCGAGCAGACUUCAGCAAUGAGAAGAAGAUCGAGGCGCUGGAGCACAAGGAAUUCCAGAUUUUGAAGUGACUUUGUCCCGGAAGAAGCAAAGUCUGGAGCGUGAGCUGCCCUCACAGAACAUUUCCUCUCUUCCUCACUUACUCACUCAGUCAGCCAAUGUUCAGCUCUAGAGAACUUUAUUUUAUUGCAUUUUUAAUUUAUUGUUUUUCUGCACUGUUAGUUUGAUGCUCAGCAUUUUGCAGAAUUCCAGUGGGUAGAGGAAGAGCUAUGUUAUCUCUGUUAAAGAGGUUGUUCAGGGCCAGAACCUCUGUUUCCAAGUGCACAUUGUUUGGGGAGUUGUACAUGAGCCAGAUCUGUAAAAGAGGUUACAGUGUCAAUGCCAGUAGAAAACAUUUCUAAAAACAUUAUUUCUGUGCACUAAAUGCCUCAGAAAAAAAAAUUGUUUAAUUCCAGAACUUCAUAUUUUCUGUAGAAUAAAAUUGCUUCGAUUUCA